AUGAUGGUGACGCUCUCGAUCAAGGAGCUGAUUCCGUCGGCCGUCAAGUUUCGUCCCGAUGGCAACGCUGUCUCGAUCGCGAUCCUCGGCCGCAUGGGCAUCAUGUCGUUGAGUCUCUUACCGGCGAAAGCGUGUCAGCUUUGCAGCUUCCACCGAGAUCCUGCCAAGGCGGGUUCGACCGUCUGCAAAGCAUGGCUGCUGCUUGGGUUGCUCGUUGACCAACCUUGGACCUCGGCGCUGACCAAGGUUGUGUGGCUCAUCGUGACCACCUCGGAAUGA